UUUAUUUCAACAUUGAUUUCACAGACUUCCCCAAAAAAUAAGUCAAUUGGCAACAUUGAUGUUUUGUCGAAGAAAUGGCACAUAAGGCAAGAUUGAAAGAAUUCGAUGAUGUUCUUCAAGAAGAGGUUAUCAAUAUACGUCAUUUAAAAAAGAUCUCAUUUAACGGUAUCCCAGACGAUCAGGGAAAAAGAUCGCUUUGCUGGAGAUUACUGCUCAACUUUUUGCCUCCCGAUCAGAAAAAAUGGGAAUCUUAUCUCGCAGACAAACGAAACUUGUACAAACAGUUCAUAAAGGAAAUGAUUGUGAUGCCCGGAGAGAAUGAAUCGAGUGGAGAUGUAACACAUAGCGAUCAUCCCUUGAGUAUCAACCCGGAAAGUGAAUGGCAGACUUUUUUCAAAGAUAAUGAAGUCUUAUUGCAAAUUGAUAAGGAUGUGAGAAGACUGUGUCCGGACAUAUCAUUUUUUCAGCAACCAACUGAAUUUCCAUGUAGCGAAAUAGUGAAUAGUAAUGAUGUUAAAAGAUUACAUACAAGAGUGCAGAGAAGAGUUUUGAAAUGUGCAAAUGUUGAAAGAAAAGGAUUGGGAAUAACGAAGAUUGCACUGUCAAUAAAAAAAGCAAAUGAGGAUUACGCCCCCAUGGAAGAAGGUGGAGAAGCUCAUUGGGAAGUAGUAGAGAGGAUAUUAUUUUUGUAUGCCAAAUUGAAUCCUGGACAGGGAUAUGUUCAAGGAAUGAAUGAAAUAGUAGGCCCUAUAUAUCAUGCCUUCGCUUGUGAUCCUGAUAUAUCAUUCAGAGAAUACGCUGAAGCCGAUUGUUUCUUCUGUUUCACAAAUUUGAUGUCUGAAAUAAGGGACUUCUUCAUUAAAAGUCUAGAUGAAUCGGAGAGAGGCAUCAACAAAAUGAUGACUAGAUUAUUAAUGCAAUUGAAAAAUUGUGAUCUCGAUAUUUGGCUAAAAUUUCAGCAACUAGAUCUGAAACCCCAAUACUAUAGUUUUAGAUGGAUUACCCUCCUGUUGUCUCAAGAAUUUCCUCUACCUGACGUACUGAGAAUAUGGGACUCCUUGUUUUCUGAUAGUAAUAGAUUUGAUUUUUUAAUUCACGUUUGCUGUGCAAUGAUUAUAAUAUUGAAAAAUCAGUUAUUAGAAGGAGAUUUUCCGUCCAAUUUGAAACUCCUACAAAAUUUCCCGCCUAUGGAUGUUCAAAUAAUUUUGUCAAAAGCAGUUGAAUUAUCAAAAUAUAAAAUAUUCUGAAUUUGAUAACACCCCUUCACUUGUAUAUAAUUGAACGCAUGUUACCAAGUUUUCCGAAAAGUAUAAAUUGCUUUAAAGGUGUAUACAUAUUCUAUAUUUCUAAAUACUCAAUUUUUUAUAAGUUUUAUAAAUAUCUUAUUGCCUAAAUUACAAAAACGUAUAUAAAA